AUGGGGCCCCCAGGCAAUAGGGGAUCAUGGGGCCCCUGUGUCCUUGCCCAAACUCAAAAAAGCCUAUGAAAAAGGUACCAGGGGCAUCUCAUGGGGCCCCCUACUGACCCGGGGCCCUCGGGCAGUGCCCGAGUUUCCAAAUGGUCAGUCCGCCCCUGCUCAAGACUGUCCAUGAUUUUAAAGGCACUGUACAAUCCGAGAGUCUACUCUAUCAGGGAUUAUUUUCCCCAAACUGCAUUAUUUUGCAUUUAGAAAUAUUGAACUGUAGUUUCCAGUGUUUUAACCAAUUUUACAGCAAUUCCUCAUCAUGUUCCAUGUUA